GUUUUCGAAAUACAGCAAUACAAAUUUCCCAAGUUCAUUGAUAAGAUGCACAUGAAGAGAUCAAGCUCAUUAUCAACAGUUUCAUAUCUCGAAACAUUAGUUAGCAAUUAUUUUUUUACAAUGUUGCAUAGUUUUUUAGCGCGUUAAUCAUCUUCAAUGUACUACCGGAUUUGAUUGAAGAUUAUCUAUGUCCCAAAAUAUAAGAAACCACAAAUUUGAUUAGCUCACAGCGAUUAUGGUCUAUGCGCACUUUCGCGAAUACCACAAUUAUUUUUCACUGUAUUUGCAGCAUAAGUUUUUAUGUGUUUAUACUGAUAAUUGUACAGGAAAAUAGCAACAAGAUCUUAUCUAUGUACCGGAUUUUUUGUUUCAGAGGUUAAGUUCAGCCUGAUCACUUUGCAAUUGGCAUUCUGCUUGAAACACUCGAUGGAAGCACAUUUAAAUUGUAUUCUAAAAUGUUGUUCGCUAAUUAUGUAUUAUUGUGCAGUUUUGUCGUGUUUAUCGUGCCAUCAAAGGGAGAAGAAUUCGAAUCAAUUGAAGAUUUGUUGAAGUCUCCAAAUCCCGGAAGCUUGAGAGAUAUUCUUGUGAUUGGAACCUAUGGAAGAGAAUUACCUGGAACUUCAAAUCAUACUCUUCAUCAGGGAUUUGAUUGUGAAAACUUUUUGGAGAAAUUUACAUCAGUGGAAACAUUAGGAUUGAUGCAUGUAAAACUGCUCAGCAUCGGUAAAGAUUGUUUCGAAGGAUUGGACAACUUAAAAAAUGUUGUGCUUUUCGGAACUUCGCUAACGAAUAUUCGAAUGAGUGUGUUUCGAACCUCUUAUGAUAUGUCAAUCACUUAUGUGAACCUAGGUUUUAAUUAUAUAACAAAUAUCGAGUUUGGUAGUGUCGUUUUGCCUGGACUGAAAACAUUAAGUGCAGUUCGUAAUAGACUAACGACAGUGCAUUUCACAUCACAAAAUAUGCCAGCAAUAACGCACCUCAAUUUGGCAUACAAUCACAUUUCCUCCCUCAUGAUUGAAAGUCAAACCCUGACAGCGUUGAAUUUAACUGGCAAUAGGUUAAAGACAUUGCAAGGCCUUUUUCUACCAGACUUGCAAUACGUUGAUCUUAUGAAUAAUCAACUGAGCAGAGUGACACCGGAUAUGUUUGCGAGUAUGCGGAGCUUGAAACAAGCUAUUUUGUCUAGAAAUCCUGUGCAGAGUGUUCACUUUAUGCACUUUAAUACGAUGGAAUACUUAGAGCUAGCCGGGACUGGAAUUGUAUCAUUGUAUGAUAUAAAGUCUCUCUCAAAAAUUGAUAUGCUAGACUUAAGUUUUAACAACUUUUGGAUGUUGGGCUAUGCGCGGAAUUCAGAUAAUCCAAGGCCAUUUGAUAUCAAUAUGUUUCGUUGUACGCAUUGUAAUAUUCACUAUAUGUUACCAUUCUUCUUAGCAAAUGCUUUUCCAAAUUUAGAAAAAAUAAAGUUAAACUAUAACUACCUUACUACUGCAUUUAUUUUUAUGGCAGAGAGAGACUUCGAAGAUCUCUCAGAAGUAUACUUACAAGAUAAUAAAAUCAGUCGUAUUGGAAGUGGUGAUUUUUCACGAUUAACCUAUAUGGAAAUGUUGGAUUUGAGAAGCAAUGACAUCAAUACAAUCGAGGAAGGAGCUUUCGAUGAAACAACAAAGCUGAGCAUUCUUGAGCUAGCAAAUAAUAUGAUAUUUCAGCUGCCUGCAAAUCUCUUUGAACCAAUUAAUUUAAGGGAAUUGAAUCUCAAUGGCAACAUUAUGCCGUACUUUCCAAUUCCUGGGUGGCAAGAAAACACUGAAAAAAUCUUUUUCCGCGAGAGCAGUGUGAAUAAACUGAAAAAGCUUCAAAUAAACAACAAUCCUCUUCAAUGCCAAUGCGUGGAUUUGAUUAGAAAAUGGACUGCAAAGAAUAAUAUUGAGCUGACGAUAGACAACUCAUUGGUGAGGUCGGGCUUGAAGCCUGCCUGCAUUGUGAACAACGAAGGAUGCAGAGCUGAUGUUGGACUGAACUACGUUAAAGACAACUGGCAUCUGUUUAAUGAUGGAAAAUUAAUACUUGAUACCUUGUAUUAG